AGGUCUUUCCUCCGCCGCGCGACAACGAAUCCCUGCCGCCCUGCCGCGCUGCCUCGCCCCCUUUGCUGCUGUUCCGUCAACUUGGCAGUUGCACAAAACCGCCGCGCCGUUGCACUGGGGGUUCGGCGAGAUAGGAAACAAAAGAAAGAUCCGCCAUUAAGUUGACGCAAGAAAGAAAAAAGAACGGCAAAAGAUAGUAAAAAAAAGUAAGGGAACAAGCCUCAUGUCACAGGAGGGCGGCAGAAGCAAGCCUGCGGUACGGGCUGGCGGCAGUUCAGGCGAAGGUGCGUCGCAUUUGCUCUCGGACUACCGCGCAGGUUCGAGCGAACCCAACUCGGACAUCAUGGAGAAGGAACAGAUGACAGGAUACGAUACGAACGCGUACGUGGAGAAGAACACCAGCGGCGUCUGCACAUUCCUGUUGACGGCCAUCUCCAUCGUCUUCAUCAUCAUCACCUUUCCGGUAUCACUGUUUAUGUGCGUCAAGAUCGUACAGGAGUACGAAAGAGCCGUCAUAUUCAGACUGGGUCGUCUGGUCAAGGGAGGAGCUCGUGGUCCUGGCCUGUUCUUUAUCAUUCCGUGCAUUGACAACUACACCAAAGUCGAUUUGAGGACGGUGUCUUUUGACGUUCCUCCGCAAGAGAUCCUGACCAAGGACUCCGUAACUGUGGCCGUGGACGCGGUCGUCUACUACCGCAUCCAGAACGCCACGGUGGCCGUGACCAACGUCGAGGACUACGGCCGCUCCACGAGGCUCCUGGCGGCCACGACGCUCAGGAACGUGCUGGGCACAAAGAACCUCUCCGAGAUCCUGUCCGAGCGAGAGCCCAUCAGCCAUACCAUGCAGACGAACCUGGACGAAGCCACAGACGCCUGGGGAGUGAAGGUGGAGCGUGUUGAAAUCAAGGACGUUCGCCUGCCGGUUCAGAUGCAAAGGGCCAUGGCGGCCGAGGCCGAGGCGUCCAGAGAAGCUCGCGCCAAGGUGAUUGCGGCGGAAGGCGAGCAGCGCGCGGCCCGUUCGCUCAAGGACGCUGCCGACAUCAUCUCCGAGUCCGGCCCGGCCCUCCAGCUGCGCUACCUGCAGACGCUCACGUCCAUUGCCGCCGAGAAGAACUCGACCAUCGUGUUCCCGCUGCCCAUGGAACUCUUCAAGGGCGUCCUGGAGAAAACUGCGCGGACCACACUGACCACUUUGUACGGCCAAGACCUCUAGGACUGGCACGGCGUAGUACCACAUCGUCGUCGUCGUCGUCGCCGCCUGCGCCGCGCUGAUGGACGCAGCGUACGACGGUCGUGACGCCAUACAACACCUGAUAACAAGGCCGUUCGGCUGGAUAUGUGGCUUCACCUACUGGAGGCCAGCACGGCUCAUUGACUGAACACGACUCUUUAGAUGGACGCCGAGGCAGCACUCGUGAGUCGUGUCCAAUCUGCCGCGCGGAGGCCUCAGGAAGGUGACGCCACAAAUUUAGACCCUCGACCUUGUCAUCUAGGAGGUGUUGCUUCAUCGGACUGGGCGGAACUGAAUAGACUAUCCACGCUUACAGGGUGUCCGUAAAUGAUUGAUACACAUCCCGCGGGGUCGACAUACGGAACAACUACAAAGCAUUCCCACACCGGUAUAAGCGGAGAGUCAAACUGAAGGAUGCUAAAAUUUGCGGGAGAUUUCCAUGUUACCUAUUUUAACAUCCAGACUCCGCAAACUUCAGAAAUGGCCUUUCACAGAGAAAAUAUAUUUUGCUUCUCUCUAUGGGUAGACAAAAAAAAAAAAAUUAAGAAGAAAAGUAAUGCAUUGGUGUUUAGCGGAGAUGGUUUCGCAUUCCCCUACUCCAGAAUCAAUACAGAGGUAAUAGGGCAAUUUUUAAAACCGGGUAUGCACUUUUUAGGAAGAAAAUUUAAAGCCGUCCUCGUAUGAGUGAGGGGGCUGUGUGUACAUGCAGCUGGAUUACAAACAGGACUUGUGUCGGGUCGCAACAGGAGCUCGCCCCGAGCUUAUUUAUGGUACAUAAAACUUGCGUCAUUCAAAUACAAUUAUUUCUUAGCACCCACACCAACUCAUUGUUGAUAGACAAGCAUGUGGGCAGAUGAGGGCAUGCACAUACACAUGUGCAGAGAGCUAAAAACAAAGGCGCGUGGCGAACAUCAGAAAAUGGCGCUUGAAGAGCCAGAAAAGCUGC